AUGCCGACGCUCUCUGGGAUUUACACCUCGCUCACCGGUCAAACAUUGGCCGUAGACGAGCAUUGCCAUCUCAGAGUCAUUCACGGCGACCAACCAAAGACCAAACUGCGUGCAGAUGCCGAAUUUUGGCUUUGUGAGGACGAUGGGAAAAUCGGCAAGUUUGGAUCUCCGAAGAAGGUGACUCUGCACCUCCAGGGCCAGAAUUACCACAUCUGGGUCGAACCCCGCGGUUUCAGCGAUGGUGGUUACGAGGCAAGUUCAUCCAACUCAAUUCGAAUCAAAUUCCCUUGCGGUUUGCCUUCACACCGCCAUUACGCGCCCAGAAAUGCAUCAAGCUGACUGAGGAAUCCGGGGGGGACUCACAGUUCGGACUCAUCCCGAUCG